CUCCAAUGCCCACCCCAUAUUAUCAACAGGUAAUUAUAUUAUCAAAUCUUCCAUUCAAACAUCGCCUCUUCAGAGUCAUAAGACUAUUUAAAAGAUCUUCUCAAAAUGGCUCCUAUUGUUAUCGGUUCUCUCUGCUACCACUAUCUAGCUGUCGAUGUCAUUACCCCAUUUGACAUAAUCUUUACUAGUACCAAGCAGUUCAUGGGCGGCAUGAGAAUAUAUACGCCAACUGUCACCGACUCAAUAAUCGCAAAGGCCCCAGAGGUUACCUUCCAGCACAUUGGCCUUUCCCGCGAUCCCGUGGAUCUGACCUCCGGCCUUACUCUGAAACCCUCAUGCACUGUCGAUGACUGCCCAGAGCUAGAUAUCCUCAUCCUUGGCGGCCCAAAUCCCGGACCUUUCACCCUUGAUCCGAGAUAUGCCGAAUUCAUUCGCCGCCACGUUGCUUCGGGAAAGGCUCUGUUCACCAACUGCACCGGAUCCUUCGUUGCCGCCAUGACUGGCGUAUUAGACGGCAAAAGCGCCACCGGCAACCACCUCGAGUAUGAAUGGGUGAAGCACAAGUAUCCCAAGGUGAACUGGACAAAGGAAAAAAAGUGGGUUGUCGACGGAAACAUAUGGACGGCAGCGGGUCCUAUGGCGGGAGUGGACAUGAUUCUUCACUGGCUCCGGGAAAACCAUGGGGAGGAGGUGUUUACUUGGGCGGCAUUGAAUCUCGACUAUGAGCCCCGAGAUGCAGAUGGAGUGAAUGUGAUUCCAUUCCGCUAUGAUGAAAAUGGAAAGCGGUUAUUUACUCACGUCCAUCGCUAUCACGACUCUUAUUAAGUGUCAGCUGGAUGAUGGGUGAUAAACAGUUGGGCUUCUUAACGACUAAUGCGGAAGAAACAUAUUAUCGUGGCCCGCUAUUAAUAUAUUGGCUUUAUAUAUAGAGUAGUGUUUAAUGGAGUUAAAAAGAUGUCAAUGAAUUAUACCAAUUCAUGCUUUUCUACUAUGCAGGCC